AAAUGCAACAAUGAAAUUAGAAACGAUAUUUGGUACAAUAAAUCAUUCUAGUUGAUCAACAUUGAGGAAUUGUUGUUGUGUGUGUUAACAUUGAUGGAUUGAAGAAAUCGGAAAUCGUGUUUUGCGCCGAGCACCGAAAGCAAAAUCAAUAAAAUACACGAAGUUACUGAAACAAUAACAAACCAUUUGUACCAGUAAACAAUUUAAGAUCUUAAUGAUUACCUAAAGUGAAGUAUGUUAGUUUAAUUAUUUCAAAAUAACCUCAAGUAACAAUGAAUCCCAAUUUGAAACAGGCAUUUGCGCGAAUAAAGCCGCUAUGCGAUUCCCUAUUGAUCAGCCCGAACCCAGAAAUCAUCAAUAUGGUGAACUCUUGUGUCAUGGAACUUAAAAGUGAUACAUUACAAGAGAUGCAGCUUUAUAUUUUGUUCCCUGUGGCCUCCCACCUCAAGUCUAAGGAACUAAAAACCAAGCAUGAAGUGCAGCGGCAACUGGUUGACACCAUGAACAUUGUGCUGGAGAAGGUGUCGGUGCACCUGCCGGAUGUGUUUGUCAAGUACCACACCUGCCUGCUGAACCUCGUGUUCGACAAGGGGAACCCGGGAAUGGUUGCAAAAGUAUCUGAAGAGUUGUUGCUAUCGGUCAUGAAGUGUAUGACAACGCUGAUGAUGCGUGCUAAUGGAUCCACCCGGCUCACCAUAUUCAAGUCCCACGUUCCGCUCCUAGCACAAACCAUUUACAUUGCCGCACACAUUGCUAAGUUGGAAAAGCUUAGGUCUUUGAGGCUAGCAGCGAUAGGCUGCCUAACAGCCUACACAGCGACCCACCCCACUCUCUGCUCGGGGCCCGGCGCGGCGGCGCUCCGUACGGCCGCGGCGGACAUGGCGGGCGGCAUCCUGCCCGGCGUGGUGGCUGCCUUGCAGGAGGUCAGCGUGGACGCCGACAACCCGGGGCAUGCUCUUGUUGUGGCGGCACUGAACGCGAUGCACAACAUAGUGUGCAUGGUGGUGAACGACAAGAUCAGCGGACAGAAGGACAACGUGUCCAUCGAGGACUUCAACCACAUCCUCACAGUUAAGGACGCGGAGAAAAAAGAUGUAGCCAAGAGGCCGGCCAUGAAGACUCCCGAAUGGUACUCCAGGGUGGCCAUCAAGCUAGAGCUGGUGACCCGCACCCUGGUGCCGCUGCAGAGCCACUCGCACUUCGCAGUCAGGAUGGAGCUGGCCGUGUACUGCUCCAAGCUGCUUCUGGAGUGCUCCCAAACAAUGGCCCCCUCCAUCCCUCAUGUCCUCGACGUACUAAUAGCUCUGGCCAAGGACGAGUACCCGGAGAUCUCGCGCUUCUGCUCCGACGGGCUUCAGGCCUACUUCUGCAACAUCAGCCACGAGGCCAAGCUGAAGACGCUGGAUAUUGUCGCGGAGAACUUCAUUAGUAUCCUGCAGUCGCUGCCGCGGAUACUUAAUAAUGUCGACACCCCGCGCAAGCUGGCCACACUGAACCUGAUCCACGGCUACCUACAGCUGCUGGGCUCCUCCGCUCGCCUCGCCUCCGUGCUGGGGCUACACCGCGCCGUGCACGCGCUCACACGCAGCCUGGUGCAGGCCGCCGCGCGCGCCCCGCCCGCCGCGCCGCCGCCCGCGCCGCCCGGUAUACCAAUUGCGAUCUCCACAAUAGACUCGGAAAAGCUCAGCGGGUCUCCGUGGCGGAAGCUCAAGCACAUUGACGACCCGCAAUGCGAGACGAGACUCAUAGAGAUCUGUCGACUGAUCGGGAAUUCAGAGUGUGCUGAUAUUAUAGUGGAUGAGUUGCUAGAUCUGGUGCCCGAUUCGCUGGACGAGCGGAUUGAGAGCGUGUAUUUGUGCAACUGGAUUGGUUCUGCUCCGCACGUCGACACUCGUCUCACCAAGCGUAUAAUAGACAAGUACAUAGAGCCACACAUCUGGUACCUGCCACUGGACAUGCUCAGUGAGGCCCCGCCCCUGACAGACGAGACGUAUGACGUCAGCAUUUACAACCCCCGCGCGUGGGAGAAGGAUAGCGUGCCUGGUCUAUACGAAGGAACAAUAGAGAUGCGCUACACAGACAUCGGCUACUCGAUGCCCCGCACAAGGCCGAAAGACCCGAACUACUGCACAUCUCUAGCCGAGGCCCAGAACAACACGGUACUGACGUGUAUGCUGACUGAAGGCCUCGGGAUAUUGGCCAAGCGACUCAUGGCAGACUUCCAACCGUAUUUGCUGAAGACCCUGUGUCUUAUAUUGGAGAGGGUUGGCAGUAAGUACUGGCUGGUGCAGCUGGCGGGCGCGCGCGCGCUGGGCGCGGUGACGGCGGCGCGCGCGCACGGCUCUGUCACUGAGCUCGUGCAGGAGAAUGCUGAUUACUUCACGCAUCAAGUCACGGUCAGGUUGAAGAAGGCGUGGAACACUCAGUCAGCGCUGCAGAUUCUGACAGUAGUGAUGGAGUACAGUGACGCCAGCAUACUGAACUGCCUCCACGGGAUUAUAUCCGAUGUUCUAGUCCAAAGCUGUGAUAAAUACCACGAGAACGACUUGCACGCAUAUCUCCACGUGUUCCUCACAUUCGUCACGCGCACACAAGCGUGGUUCCCGCCCGACCCUGACGUUAACAACGACGUUAAACAAAACACGGUAGAUGUUACGAAAGAUCUACUAGAGUACGUUGAAAAUCUGGAGGAGAGCGAAAGGUUGUUGAAUGAGGAAGAGGGCAAGAGUGGGGAGGAAUUGUACAAAGAAGAUCUCAAGGCUAAAGAGGAGGAGGAUGUUUUAAAUUAUGAUGAUACUGUGACAGAAGAAAAGAAACCGCUACCGCAGCACAUAACCCUAACACUAACAAUACUGAAGCGCUGUCUCAACUUCAUCCCUUCGAGAAAGCGGGACGAAAGACUGAUGGCCCUCCAGAUCAUAAACCACGGGUUGCUGAUACUCCAAGGCUAUGAGAGUGAGAUGUUGCCACUGGUCCAUUUAGUCUGGUCGCCCAUGGUCGUGAGGUUUGAGGAAAGUGAUGCGAUAGUUUUGCGGGCCACGUUUGAACUGUUGGUCACGAUGGCGAAAGUGUCCAAGGACUUUAUUCGAAGUAGGACUGUCAAAGAUGUGCUACCAAAACUUUACAAACUCCUGCGCAAGUCCGCCCAAGACAGUCACCUGAAAGACGUGGGCUCCUACUACCGCCAGUCGCAGGCGUACCGACUGCAAGUCAUUAUUCUGACGGCACUGCCCCGGCUGGUUAAAGAUUUGAGGUUGGAAGAUGGUGACCUCGAGGAGUGUAUGAGCUGUGUGGAGCUGUAUCUGUCCAAUAAACAGCCGAAGCCUUUGCAGAAUCACGCGGUGACAUUCUUCAAAGAGAUGCUACAAUACGACCACGGCGCGGCGUGGCACCACCUACGGACCCUCUGCAAGAACCAACAUGUCCUACAGAUCCCUCACAUCAAGGACUUCAAGCUAAAUGCCAUCACAGGUAGCCCCUACAAAGCUACCGACAAGACCUAUGCUAAUAAUAUCAAAUCGAUCUUCGAAUUAGUCUAAAGCCUUCCGCGGAGGUACAGUCCCCUGGGGACUUAAGUCCGUCGAAAUUACAGAUCUCUUUUGAAUUGUAUAGUUAUUAAGCACACGAACCCGUUAUUUAUAGAGGAUCUAAAUCGGCGAAAAAUAAAUAGUCCCUCUUCUGUCUGUUAAGUUACAAAAGAAACUAAAGUUUCGAAUGAUAGUCAAUGUUAAAGGUGAUAAGGAAGAAUGUUAGUCAAUGUUAAGGAUAUAAGUGUUAGUAAAAACAAUAAAUGUUAAAUGUGAAACGUGCAAUUAUUGUCGUCCAA